CAUUUAAACGAAGGAGAAGAAAAGGAAAGGAGAGGAGAGGAGAGGAAAGAGAAGAAGGCAACCUCGACUCAAAUCCAACCACUUGACUGUGACUCGCCCUUCCUCUUCUUUUUUAGCUUGGCCCUUCACUUGAUUCCGACGCCUCCUUCGGUGUUGCCGACACUUCCGCUGGCAGGCCUUUGUUCCUGGUAGGAAUGGGGAGGCAAUCAUGCUGCUACAAGCAGAAGCUGAGGAAAGGCCUGUGGUCUCCUGAGGAAGAUGAGAAGCUGAUCAGGCAUAUAACCAAGUAUGGCCAUGGAUGCUGGAGUUCAGUUCCUAAACAAGCAGGUCUUGAGAGGUGCGGAAAGAGCUGCAGGUUGAGGUGGAUAAACUACCUGAGGCCUGAUCUCAAGAGAGGGACGUUCUCAAAGCAGGAGGAGAGUCUCAUAAUUGAACUCCAUGCAGUGCUCGGGAACAGAUGGUCACAGAUUGCAUCACGUUUGCCAGGAAGGACCGACAACGAGAUCAAGAACUUCUGGAACUCCUGCGUCAAGAAGAAGCUCAGGCAGAGUGGCAUCGACCCCAACACUCACAAGCCGCUCGCAGAGAUGGAAGACAAGACCUCUAACUCCGGUGAUCUCAAAGCCCCCGCCACAACCUUGGAGAAAACCAAGCAUUCGGUACACAAGCCGGCAUCAUCAUCAUCAUCAUCAGGCGAGAGCAGAACAUGGAAGAAUUCGGUGACGCCGACCAAAGGCUUCUUCCACGACCAUGAGAGCUCAUCGGCCUGCCACUUAUCCCCUCUUCCACAGUCAGGCUUUGCCCCUGACUGCGCUCCUCUCUUCGAAAUGAACCAGGAGUUAAAUUGCAGCACGAUAUCCACAGUUCUGCUAUCGGUUCCCAGCGGAAACAUCUCAGCUUUGAUGAGCCUGAAACCAAAUAUCGAUCUUUUCCGUGAUGAAAUUGAUGGUAUUCAGUGCAGCAGUGAUGUUUAUUUGAGUAACAGUCGCCGGAGCAGCAUGAACACUGGUAGCGUAAUCGAGUUGCAAAGCAGCACCUCCUUCGACGGUGGCAUCCUCCCUUUCUCGGAGCUGACGCCAGAAAAGAACGCCCACGUCCAGCUCGAACGGGAACACGAGGACCUCAAAUGGUCAGAGUACCUUCAAGGAACCAUUACGGCAUCGGCAACAAUCCAAAGCCAAAGUCAUCCUCUGCAAUAUGACAUCAAGACCGAAAGCCAAUCUGUACUCGUUGGUCUGGGCACUUGGCAGCAGAAUCAGCAAGGACAGCAGCAGUUGCAGUCCUCAAACAUCUACGGUAAGGAUUUCCAUAUGGUAUCUGUAGGUUUCGGACAGGUUUAAAUCGAGUCAAGAAAGGUAGAGAUAGCGACUCUCUUCCAACUCUUAGAGCUCCUCUGUGUAAUGGGUGUAUAGACAUGAUGUUCAAGAGUGAUAAGCCAAAGCUUGUUCUGGUUGAAGUUCCA